AUGAUAUUCAAGAGACUGAGCUCCAGCGCUGCGCUGAAGAAGACAGCGCUAUACGAUUUACACGUGCAGCUGGGCGGGACAAUGGUCCCCUUCGCAGGGUACGCAAUGCCUGUGAAAUACGCAGGGCAAACGCACGUAGAAUCACACAUCUGGACUAGAACACACGCUGGGCUAUUCGACGUGUCGCACAUGCUGCAGAGCCGGCUGGAAGGGCCCGGAGCCACUCAAUUCCUGCACCGCGUCACGCCCACGGACUUCCAGGCGCUACCAGCCGGGCAGGGAACGCUUUCGGUGCUUCUGAACGCCCGCGGCGGGAUCGUGGACGACACUCUGAUUACUAAGGUCGCAGACAACAAGUUCAGCAUUGUGACGAACGCCGGGCGCGCCAAGGAGGACAUCGCGUUCCUGAAUGAGCAGGUGCAGGGUUUCGAGUGCCGCUGGGAGCCUGUGCGUGACCGCGCGCUGCUGGCGCUGCAGGGCCCCGAGGCCAAACACGUUCUCGGCAGCCUGGUCGCGGGCGGCCUGCAGUCGCUCCAGGACCUGUACUUCGGCCAGCGCCGCAGCUUCCGCGCCGGGACCGGCGUCGAGAUCGACGUCGCCCGCUCGGGCUACACGGGCGAGGACGGCUUCGAGGUGUCUGUGGCCAACAGCGACGCCACGGACCUCGCGCGCAUGAUGCUGGAGAACUCCGCGGUUCGCGCCAUCGGCCUCGCUGCCAGAGACAGUCUGCGUCUCGAGGCCGGCAUGUGCCUCUACGGCCACGAGCUGGACGAGGACACCACGCCCGUGGAGGCCUCGCUCAACUGGCUCAUCUCCAAAUCCCGCCGCGACGGCUCGCUUGGCGAAUUUAACGGCUUUUCUCACAUCAUGGGUCAGAUCGCCAACAAGUCAGCCACUCGCGCCAGGGUCGGCUUCAAGUACCUGGGGAAGGGCCCUGCCGCUCGCACUGACGCCCCGGUUUUCUCAGACGAAGGGAAGACCCAGGUCGGCCACGUAACUUCGGGCAGCGCUGCGCCUUCGCUCGCGGGUAUCAAUAUCGGCCAGGCUUACGUCCAGAAAGGUCUUCACAAGGCAGGCACCCAGUUGUUUGUGGGCGUAAGAAACAAGAUUUUCCCCAUUCAGAUCGCUCGCAUGCCACUCGUUCCAAGCCACUACUAUAAGUCGAACUGA